UUUAUCAAGUUGGCAACACGUGCAUGCUGAGGCAACAUGCUGCAAAUUCAGAAAGCGUAACCCAACUCACAAUGGAAUAGUUUUUAAUGAUCACUGUUCACAGAUCUAACAUCAAGUCAUCAUUUACUUUCUGAGAAAUGUGCAGCAUUUCUCUGUUUGUAAUUUGUGUUUUUUCUAUUUUCUGUUUUCUUUAGUUGUUGUGCGUUGAAUAUUCAGGACCAGUUAUCUGUUGGAACAAUAAUGCAGCUUAAACCAUUUUCCAAUGUGUGUAUUAUAAUUAUAUAUUCAACUGUCUCUUUACUAGAAAACGUGGCGUUGCGUGGAAAAGCGACCCAAUCAAACCGUUAUGAGCACGAAUUUGGAGCUGCCAGCAGCGCUAUUGAUGGAAACCGUGACAAUAAGUUCGAUUCUGGAUCGUGCACCCACACUGAUAGUUCAAGCAACCCCUGGUGGAGAGUGGACCUGCUGGAGCCCUACAUCGUCACCUCCGUCAUCAUCUCCAACAGAGGAGACAGAGUUCCAGAAAGGCUUCAGGGGGCACAGGUCCACAUCGGCAACUCUUUAGUCAACAAUGGUGCAAGAAACCGAGUGGUUGGUACAAUUUCUACAGUAGAGGCAUUGACCACUCUGACUUUCACUCAUCGUGUGGAGGGACGCUAUGUGACUGUGCGUAUACCGGGUAAUGGAAAGAUCCUUAGCCUCUGUGAGGUGGAAGUCUACGGGUACCAUGCCCCAACUGGAGAGAACCUGGCCAUUCAAGGAAAAGCCGUACAGUCAUCACUGCAUGGGUCUCAGUAUGCAUAUAAGGCCAUUGAUGGGAGUCGGGCCUCCAAGUUGACUUCCUGCACUUUCACGCUCUAUGAAAGGAACCCCUGGUGGAGGCUGACUCUGUCCAAAACACACAAAGUGUUUUCUGUUAAGAUAACCAACCAAAAGGAAGUCCCCCAACUACUCAAUGGAGCCGAGAUCCGCAUUGGAGAUUCUCUUGUAAACAAUGGUGCUUACAAUCCCAGGUUUGCUGUAAUCGCCAGCAUCCCUUCAGGUCAUACUGUUGAGUUCAAGGUUCCCAACGGGAUGGACGGCCGCUAUGUUUACAUAGGUAUCCCUGGAAGAAAGGGGCUCCUGAUCCUCUGUGAGGUGGAGGUGUUUGGCUCUGCACUGGAUUAGCAUUCAAUGUAAUGGAUUUGCAAAGAUGAUGUAAUGUGUACACAAAGCAUCCAAAAUAAAAUGUGCAUCUUAAAUGU